CUUCAAUUCCUCAUUCUUCCUCGAGACGUUUCAUACAUUCUACUAACACUAUAUAAUCACACAUUCAACCUUCUUCACCAAUUCAUCACUAAUUCAUCACUCGAAUCAAAACCAAAUAAAAUCUUCGAUGCCUGAAAAUUCAGUACCCGAGCGUUCUCUUCAAGUUUUCAGUGAUGUCCGGUUCGUUCUCCUAGGGUUCGACUUACUUAAUAAAACCCGGGUUUUGUCGCUGCUUGUUAGUGGAGGUGGAGUCGAUGCUGGUCAGUAUGGUCCAGAUUGCACUCAUGUUAUUGUCGAUAACCUUCUUUAUGAUGAUCCUCCGUGCGUUGCUGCUCGAAAUGAUGGAAAGGCACUAGUAAAUGGCUUGUGGGUUGCUCACAGUUUUGAAUUGGGCAUGGCUGUUGGUACAGAUUCUGUUUUGUACAAACCUCCAAGAGAUCAGAACGGUAUUCCUGGUGCCCAAUAUUUAGUAAUAUGCUUGACUGGAUACCAACGCCAAGAUCGUGAUGACAUUAUGACAUUGGUUAGCCUUAUGGGAGCCAACUUUAUGAAGCCUUUGAUAUCAAGCACAGUGACUCAUCUUAUCUGCUACAAAUUUGAGGGUGACAAGUAUAAGCUUGCAAAGAAAAUAAAGAAGAUAAAGAUUGUCAAUCAUCUGUGGUUGGAAGACUGCUUGAAGGCUUGGAAAAUUCUACCAGAACUAGAUUAUGAUAAGAGUGGAUAUGAAAUGGAGGUCUUAGAGGCAGUGGCUAAAGAUUCUGAGGAAGCAGAUGUCAGUUUAAAGAAUCAGCAGAUCCCGAAUUCCUUAAGAAACCACCUAGAUACAAGUGUAUCUAGUGAUCGGUCAAAUUUUAUCAAUGCUAAUAACAUGGUAUCUAUCGCUGGAAGGGAGAGACUAUCUGGUCGAGACUUAGAUAGCACAGAUGUUCCUGCAACUGUGGGUAACGACUUCGGUUCCAUUUUUGGAAGUGGGAGGUCCCCUCUUUCCGAUUCAAGGAAAUCCAGCCUCAGACUUAACUCUAGUGAAGCCACACAAACAUUGGACUCGGGGAAAGGAACAGGCUUCCUGAGCACUGGGGCGAUCAUAAAGACAGGCAGGCGUGAUGUCAAUGAUGAAUUUUCCUUUCCGUUUGUGCCAGCCGGUUCACAAGAGAUGAGCAGAAGGGAACUGUUGGACUCUGCAUCAUUGAUAAGUGGUCAAAAUAAUACAAGUGAUAAGGUAUUAUAUGACAAGGAUGCCCAUGAUUUAAUUCCGGCUUCUGCUUCAAGUCCCAUAUAUAGAACUACCAGCCCCAGGCUGUCUAGCAGGAUCUCCCUAGGUGCUGAGUGGAAGUCAGCAGCUUUUGAAACACCCAUCUCUAAAGCAACCAACUUAGAGACAAGUCAAGAUGCCACAUUGGAGGAAACGGUUCAAAUUAAUUAUGUUCAUUCCGAAAUGGGCAGCUUGCAUGGUAAACCCAAGAAUAGAGAUUGUUUAGAUGGACAAGAACACUCCUGCGAUGAAGUUCCAAAUAAUUCUUCUUCUAGAAGCCAAAUGAAGGAAACUGAGAGAUGUAAUGGUCCUUCCGAUGCGAGCAUGAGUGCACAUUGCAAGCCACCUGUGAACAAGAUAUAUAAUAGAAAGACCUGGAGUAAGGGAAGUACAACAAAUCUGAAAAGUUACUUAAACAAUAGUUUACCUGAAGACAAUCCUGCACUCUCUUACAUAGGGGUAGAAGAGACAGCAAACUAUAAAAAGAUUGAAAUUCUCCCUUCAGCAGCAAAUUGUAUUGAAUCGAGAGCAGCAGAAGUUGAUGUUCUGCAAUCUAGAAAUGAAGUUCAGAGGAAAUUGACGUCAGUGGAUGAUGAGACUGAAGCUCUAGUGGAGAAAGAAAAUAAUGUUGUUAAAGCAGUUGGCGAUAAAAAUGAGACUUCAACAGGAGAAAGUGAUAAAUCUGAAGAGCUGUUUACUAAUGGAAAUAUUGGUGUUAAAUUCCGUAGGCAUGGUACUAAGACAUCCGGAAAUGAAAAGGAUGGGGAUAAACAGGAAAAGGUUGCCUGUGGCAAAAGAAAGCUGGGGAAAUCUGCUGAUAUGCAAAUACUGUCCAAGGAAAUUGCAAGCAGAAGGAAAAAUCGCUCAUCAAAUGAACAGAAAAAUACUGUUAUUGAUAUGGAUCCUGAGAAUGAGUUUACAGAAGCAGUCUUUGUGAAGAACAAUGGUGAAGCUGAAGUAGAAAUUUCUGGAAAGCAAUUGGGUGUCCGGAGUAAGAAAACAAUUAAUAAAAAUGAAGAUGCCUCUAAACUGAAUAAAGCAGCAACUGGUGGUAAGAGGAAGCUCACACAAUCAGUCCAUUUGGAGAAAACAGUGAAGGAGAAGAUGAGCAAGGGCAAGAGAUGCCGUCAAAAUAAAUGGAAUGAAACAACUGCACCUCUUGAGACUCGCAAGAACAACAAAGAAUACGAGUUUAAGGAGAUCUGUGAAGAGAAUGCUGGAGAAGUUGAACCAGAAACACGUGGAGAUUUAGGACCUGAAGAUAAACCAGAAGUGUGUAGCUCUAAAAAUGACAGUUAUGCAUUGGCAGUCCCUAGCAACACAACAGCAGCCGGUGGAAAAGUGAAUGAUAGUGCUGAAAAGAAUAAGAUAUUUUGCAGAAAGAGAGAGCUUGGAGAACCUAUGAACAUGAAGAGUUUAAAUGAUAGCAGGAGUACAGGGAAGAAAAAUCUUUCACACAAAAUCAAGAAAGGGAAGUGCAUAUCUGUUACAAAACUAGCUGGCAGUCCUAAGGCUGAAGAUGAAAAGAAUGAAGCUGCAUCUGUUAAUAAGCUGACAAAAUCCAUGGAAAAUGACAGAAAAAGCGUGCUAAACCAUGUUGGGGAUCAAAGUGCGAGACACGGCAUAAAUCAGUCGAUGAAACUGGAUUCAUACGAACUGUCUAGAAAUCUUGAUUCAACGAAAAGCAAUUCAAGAAUGACUGUCAAAAUGGACUCAAAACCUGAGCCUAUAUGGUUUAUCACAAGUGGGGAUAAAUCACAAAAAAAGGAGUUUCAGCAAGCGAUACGGAAAUUAAAAGGGAAUUUAUGCAAAGAUUCUCACAAAUGGUCGUAUCAGGCAACACAUUUUAUUGUACCUGAUCCACUUCGGAGAACAGAGAAGUUUUUUGCUGCUGCUGCAUCUGGAAGGUGGAUUCUGAAAAGAGAUUAUAUAAGUGAUAGCAACAAGGCAGGGAAAUUCUUGUCAGAGGAGCCUUACGAGUGGUACAAGAGUUGCCUAAGCGAAGAUGGUGCUAUUAACUUGGAGGCACCAAGAAAAUGGCGCCUUCAGCGAGAGAGAACUGGUCAUGGUGCCUUUUAUGGAUUGAGAAUUGUCAUAUAUGGCGAAUGCAUUGCCCCUUCUUUGGAUACUCUUAAGCGUGUUGUUAAGGCUGGAGAUGGAACUAUAUUAGCUACUUCUCCACCGUACACUCGAUUCUUGGAGUCUGGGAUCGACUUUGCUGUUGUCAGUCCAAGCACGCCACAGACCGAUAUGUGGGCCCAGGAGUUCUUAAGACAUAAGAUACCAUGUGUAGUAGCCGAUUACUUGGUGGAGUUUGUUUGCAAACCAGGCUACUCCCUCAAAGAGCAUGUUCAGUUCAACACUGAUGAUUGGGCGGAAAAAUCAUUAAACAAACUUGUAAACCAAUCAGAGACGAAUGAAUGGCAAAAGGAUCCAGCAAAUGACGGCGAUAGUCCUGUUCUACCAUCUCCAGGGGCAACAAUGCCCUCAAAUUGUCACGGUGAUAGUGAUUUACUAUGUCAAGUCUGCGGAUCACCUGGCAGACGAGAGGAAAUGCUGAUUUGUGGUCAUGUAAACAAAUCCGUUGGUUGUGGCAGUGGCAUGCAUAUUGAUUGCUGCGAUUCUUCUUUGCCAAAUGUACCGAACAGAGAUUGGCUGUGCCCAAAGUGUAGUAAAAGUAAGAGUAGGAAAAGAACUCCAAAGAGUGCUAAGAAAAGAACCUCUGUAUCAAAGAGGAAAUGAUCUCUUAUGCUAGUCAGGUCAAGUCAUCUCAUUCUUGUACAUGCAAGUUCUUCCAAAUUAAUAUAGUUAUGGUCUAAGUAAUUAGUAAUUCUCUUCUUUGCAAUUCUGUUCCAACUGAAAUGUAGAUGUUUGGGAUCGUUUAAGUAA